AGUGACUGUGCUUUUAUUUUGAUACCGGAAACUUGAAAACCCGUCAUUGCCAGCGGACUUUUAUUUUGAAACGGAAACGGAAGUUAGUUCAUUUUGACUGCUAGCUUACGGUGUUGCACCACUCCCGUGUCUGUCGACGUGAAGGUCCUCCUCCUGCCUGUUUAAACUGCCUUCACGUCCGAACCGACGAUAUUAUUAUUAUUUUUUAUUUUUUAGUCGGGGGUUCGGUCUCGAGCAUCUCGGUCCCACGCACUCAUAUCUCCGGGUGUUUCGGCGGAUACUUCUUCCUUUUUCUUUCUUUUUUUUAUGUGUGUGUCGGAGAUUCUGGACCAUCGUGUGUGUUUGGGAGAAUAAAGCCGAGGAGGACAUCCGGCCCCGGCAGCUCCGGAGGUUUCGGCUUUGAAACGACGGAAUUUCAGCAUUUUUCAGGCCGUAGGCCGACCCGCUAUGGAGAAGAUGAAGAGGAUAAAGAAGCGCCUGUCGUUAACGCUCCGCCCCAGUCUGACCAUCGACGAGUCUCUGUCUGAACUGGCCGAGCAGAUGACCAUAGAGGACGGCGGUACCAAGGACAACGUCUGAGAUCGGCUUUGGGAAGUUGGAGACAUACAUUAAGCUGGACAAGCUGGGAGAGGGGACGUACGCCACGGUGUUCAAGGGCCGCAGCAAGCUGACGGACAACCUGGUGGCGCUGAAGGAGAUCCGCCUGGAGCACGAGGAAGGAGCCCCGUGCACCGCCAUCAGAGAAGUGUCKCUGCUGAAGGACCUGAAACACGCCAACAUCGUGACGUUACACGACAUCGUCCACACCGACAAGAGUCUCACGCUCGUCUUCGAGUACCUGGGGUGUGGGCUGUAUUUUCUACGAGAUGGCUGCAGGUCGGCCUCUGUUCCCGGGCUCCACGGUGGAAGAUGAGCUCCACCUCAUUUUCAGGCUUCUGGGCACGCCCACGGAGGAGAACUGGCCGGGAAUCUCCGCCAUCGAGGAGUUUAAAUCCUACAACUUCCCCAAAUACAAACUGCAGCCGCUGAUCAACCACGCCCCGAGGCUGGACGGUGAAGGCAUCGAGCUGCUGCUGUCUUUCCUCAGAUACGAGUCCAAGGCGAGGAUUUCAGCCGACGAGGCGAUGAAACAUUCCUACUUCAGGCAGCUCGGGAUGAGAGUCCACGCUCUGCCUGAGAAUGUGUCCAUAUUCACGUUAAAAGAAGUGCAGCUCCAGAGAGACCCCGGCUACAGGAACUCCUCGUACCCCGAGUCAGGUAACGGCGGCAUCAACAGAAGGCAAAGCAUGCUUUUCUAACAUUCCCCGAAGAGGAUGGUCGACUGAUCUUCUUCACCUCCCAGCAGCAUCUCGCAUGAGCCCAACUCCUCUCAGACCCACUCCUGCACACACGCACACACAUUAACACACACAUUAACACACACACACAAACACACUCUGAGUGACUGUGAGUCGAAUCCGUUUGAAGACUGUUUAUUUAUUGGAGGUUGAGGUUGAAUUAUUUUGCUGCUAAACUACUACUGUCUACACGCAACACAAACGUGCGCGUGUAAACGUGCGCGCUCGUGCACAUGAUGUGAACUGAAGACGCCGUGUGCAGUCGGGUCGUCUGUUACUGAUGUUUUUUAUGUGAUUCUUUUCGGCUUCUUUAAAACGGCUGACGUUGACGCUGAAGAUGAAGAUGUUCUCGUUGUUGUUCUGAGACCAAAAGUGUCGGUUUCUAAGAAGUGUGUUUAUCUAUACAAUAAUAUAUAUGUAUAAAUAUAUAUAUACAGUAUGUGUAUAUAUAUAUAUUUAGAGAUUUUUCCUUCGAGCUUCCGUGACUGAGCUCUACAACAUUUCUGUAUUUAAACCACCGGGAACGUUAGAUCUUGUGGUGACGAUGGACUUCCCAUCGUCUCGUUUCCUUGAAUAUUUCAGUUGGACUUUGAUUUAACGAGGCGCCUCCGCCCUUCAGAGCUGACACUGAACAUCAGAGCAUGACAUGAGUGUGUGUGGGAGGAACCACCGGGGUGCGGGGGAUAAAAGAGGAACAAUGCCAGUGCUGAAAAGCAACGUCCCGCAGGAACCGUCUUCCUUAAGCCCCGCCUCCCAAACUGCCAGGAAGUCCACGCAGAAGAACCCUCUCCUGCUCGGAGUGCGUUCAGAAACCUCCCUGACUUUUUUUUUUUCUAACUUGCACUCGGGUCAGGGACGUGAGCCUGAUCGUGUCCGAGUUCAGCCGACAGUAUUAUGUUCUCUGUGACCUCUCUUUGUGAAACAACCGUGUUCAUGUGGCAUGUUUUGUUUAUAUUAUUAUUAUCUCCAGAGGAUGGGGAGGGGAGGCUGCUCAAAAGCAACAACGGUUCUGUCCAGCUUUGUGUGGGACCACUGCUCUCUGCAGGAUUUUUUUACGACAAAAAGAAAUUUGAAAUUGAAAUUUUAAAUUCACGUCCAAACUGUGUUAGCAGCUGAAGGUGAUGUUACUGUUCAGUAUGUGUUUCCUGUAGCAAUCAGAGGAUCUCCCUGGAUCAAUCUUAAAAAUAUCUGCUGGCUCCUGGCAUUAAUCUGGAUAAAUUUUUACUUUUAGAGUCCAUCAAAUUAACACCCAGAAACACAAGGCUGUAUCUCAGUAAACUGCAGUCAUUAGCAACAAACUGCAAACAGAAUUUGCAAACUAUCUUGAAAGGUUUGCAAGUGUUUGUGUACAAAAUGAUUCAAAACCAGUUUUCUACUCAAAUAGUUUCAGAGUCAUUGCAAGCUUCUACAACACAUCUCAAAUUAUUCUCAAUUUAGUCUUUGAGUCAGAAACGUGAGGCAGCUAAAGACGUUCUAUAAAGAAUGACCGACUGAAGCUAAUAUUAAUAAAAAUACUAAUUUGUGAGUUUUGAGGUCAAGAUCGACAUUUUCUUGUAAUUUUGUCUCCAACUAGUCGCCAACAGUUGCAGCCCCUUGAUAUAUAGGUUUAAGAUGUCACUGUCAACAAAAUUUUUGUUUUUCUAAAGAAAGUUUCUUUUGCCCCGUUUUUAUUUUAACAAGUUCAUUUUUUUAAAUUUGAAAAGUUUCAAAGAACAUUUUUUGCACAAAGAGUCAUCUCAACAAUAUAAACUAGUAUAUAUAUAUAUAUACUAAAAUCCAUCAAAGAAACCUUUAGAUGUUACCCUAAUAAAUACCCAAAAAGGGGCGGAGCCAAAGCCACAUACAUUUCAUUAUAUUUGCUUUAUUCUGUCUAGAGAAGCUAACAAAAAUAUAUAUUUGUAUAUACAGUCCAAAAUGAAGCGCAAAAUCAUUUAGGCAUGACUGCUAUUAUUCCUAGUUUGUCACCAGCAGCUUUAAAUAUUUGGUUUUACCCUAAAAGGGGCGGAGUCGUUUGGAGAAAUAGGAAAUAAUGUUACUUCUAUUACUCAAAAAGGCAAAAAGUUGUUUGUUUUUUUUCCACCCACGGUUUUGAAGAUGGUAGGUUUGCAUUAAACACUGAGCAGUGAAAAUGUUUGUUCCACGAGGAUCUCUGGGAGGUUCCCUCGUUGUUGCAGCUCCUUGGCUCGACGUUGAAAAAGUUGAAACUGUCUUUGAUAGAAGGUUUCUGUGAGCAACACUAGUGUUCUCUGUUACAGCACACGCUAGAGCAGGUGCUUGAAGCACUCGUAAGGCUUGAUUAACUUAACUAAAAUCAUUAAUGUAAUGAUAUUAAAAGCAACACAGUUUGCAGCUUGAGUUUGGACACAUUUUCCUUUCAAUCUGAAUUGUUUUACACUGACUACAAAUUGUGAUAAAAUUUAUAUGUGACAUACUGUAAACAGGAGAAGUCAUUAUAUUAAUGGUAAAUGUCCUGUAUUAUGUUGGCUUAUUGCCAUGUUUAGCUGUUUUAUUAAAGAAAUAAAUAUGCUUUUCUCUUAAUCCAAACUAAGGAUUCUUUCACUCUAAACUGCAAACUGUGUUUCUGUUAAUUGGACUUUUUGUACAUGAACAGCAGUAACAUGCACAAAAGAUUUCUUUAAAAAAAGAUUAGUAUUUAUCAUUGUAAAACUGUACUUUUUCAGAUGUGUGACUGGUUUUAUGUUAUGUCUGUGUGUGAGAGAGAGAGAAUGUGUGUGUGUGUGUGUGUGUGCGUGCGUGAGAGAGAGAGAGAACGUGUGUGUGCCUGAUGCAUGGAAGGCCUGCUGUGUUGUUGUGAACUCGACCUCUGAAACACUGAGCUGCCAGUGAACAGUUGACGUGUGACUCUUUUUACUGGAACUAUUUAUUUCUCAUAACCAUCGAAAGUAAAUUUAAACUGUUUCAUAAAA